AAGUGUGUUCACUGCCACAUGAUAUUCCAGGACGCGUCGCUGUUCCUGCUCCACAACGGCUUCCACGCCCACGACGAGCCGUUCCGCUGCGUGGUGUGCGGGGCCGUGUGCAAGGACCGCAUCGACUUCAACUGUCACCUGACUAGUCAUAUCAAAUGA